GCCAGAACGCCUCCUCGUCUCCAUGGAGAGGGAAACAAACCCACAGCAGCAGUUCUGCUAACGCUAGCUAGCCGUUUGUCUUCAGGCUGUAACCUUUCAUAGACAUCUCAUUUGCACCUGCUGCAGUUUAUUUUUCAACCUCAGUGUAAUUGUGAAGUUUUCUGAAUGGAGUGUGCUGGAGGGUCAUCGGUCCUGAACCUUGAGGCUCUGUCUGAACUGUUAUCCAAACAACAGGAGGAGGAAGAGGAUGAAGACUGGAAAAGUGUCAGCGCCUGUGCACAAAUGGGUCCUGGACACAUCGGUCACCCACCCAAACAUGACGCAGAAGUGUCCAGCGCCGACUCAAAGAGGAGCAGCAAAGACAUCUGGAGUGAGGAAGAGGUGGCUGAAGGCUCCCAGUAUGAAGAUCUGACAGACCCACGACCACAGCCUGAAUAUGAAAUUAUCCUGAAGCAGAGCGUGAAACCUGAGGAUCUGUUCUUGGGUUUGAGCAGGAAGGACCCAUCGUCAAUGUGCUGCGAGGCCAUGCUGGUGAAAAUAAAGCUACCAGAGACAAAAGCAACAGAUGUCUUCUUGGAUGUAAAAGAGACGUUCCUUGACCUGCGGACGACAAAAUACAAACUGGGCCUCCAUUUGCCUCACUCCGUUCACAGUCAAGAGGGCAAGGCACGCUUCUUUAGUGAGCAGGAGGAACUGGAGGUGACGCUACCGAUGAAGAGACCCAUGGACUUUAUUAACAUGCAGUGAGAGAGAUAAAAACAAGCCGUAUGACACAAAACUGUUUAAAGUUCAUGCUUUGUCUUGCUCCAGCCCCCCUAAAAUAGGCCUAGUGACGCCACUGGUUAAAAUAAAAGUUACAUGAAGCGUUGAUAGAUCAGAAAGCAUUCCUUGCGAAUUCAUCAUGCUGCAUUUUUUGUUUUUGCUUUUCUCUGAAUUGUUUUGUAAAGAGACCCUAUAACCUAAGUUUUUGAUUAUACUGUAUCUCAUUGGAAUAUCCUGGUUUGUGCAGUGUUUUUUUUUUUCAGCCUAAAUAAAUAGAUUGUAACAAGUUGCACAUUA